AUGUCAUCGUCAGUUUCAGAGAAAGGUUCAGAAUUUCUAUACUUCUUCACCGGAGCCCUCCUUCCCACACUAUUUCUGUGGGCAUUCACACGGAAGCAAACGAAUGGCGACAAUAGCUCCAAUGAAGACGAUGAAGACAUGGAUGGAGUUGAGGAAGGUGGUCCUUCUAGCAAGUGGGGAUAUUCUGAUGCUCCCUACAAGAUGGUAUUGUGUGUGAAUACUGAACUUAGCAUGGGCAAAGGGAAGAUUGCCGCACAAUGUUGUCACGCAGCUGUUGGAUGUUACAAACGUGCCUCGAAACAAUGUCCUAAGGGAUUGAAAGCCUGGGAACGCACAGGUUGUGCCAAGAUUGCUCUCAAAUGUCCAACUCAAGACGAACUCGAAAUGAUUGCUGCCAAAGCCAUGGAACGGGAUAUUCCAAUGUACUUGGUCGAGGAUGCAGGACGAACACAGAUUGCUGCUGGUAGUCGGACAGUACUCGGUUUGGGCCCUGCUCCUACAUAUGUAUUUGAAGAUAUCACGUCUCAUCUGAAGCUGAUGUAG